AGUCUAGUUUUUUCACUUCUACAAAUCUAGUUAAAAACUAAAAGUUGUUGUCACAUUAGCGGCAUGAGGAAUAACUAUGAAUGAGUGACAAUAAUAAAUUUAGAUUUAACUUUAAUUCUAUCUAGAGUCUAUAGAUCUAGAUUCUAAGUGUUGCAAUGGUUUCUUUGCUGAGUCCAGGCCUACCGCCACUGUCUUUACCAGAUGUAUUAGAGAAUGCUGGACAUUUAGUGGAUAAACAUUUACAAGAAGAUAGAACUUAUUUUGAUUUGGUGGAUCUCUUGAACAUUCCAUCUGACACUCAGGCCAGUCUGAGUGGACUGUAUACUCAUGACUACCCAAGUCUUGCUGAUGUUGGUGUGUAUGUGGAAUCAAUGGCUGAGAUCUCCUUGGAGAAGAAAGUUCCACUGCCACCUGAACUUGUUGAGCAGUUUGGUCGCAUGCAGUGUAACUGUAUGAUGGGCUUGUUUCCAGAGAUAGAACGAGCUUGGCUUACUGUGGACAGUGAUAUUUUUGUUUGGAAAUAUGAAGAUAGUUCUGAUCUGGCUUAUUUUGAUGGUCUUGGGGAAACUAUACUCUGUGCAGCUCUCUUAAAACCUAAACCGGGUAUAUUUCAACCACAUAUUCAGUACUUAUUGUGUCUGACAACACCAGUUGACAUAGUACUGUUAGGUGUCAGUUUCUACAAAUCUGUAGAUGGUGGCAGUGGUGAUUAUGUGAGUGGUGAGAUGCAUCUUCUGCCAGAUCCCCUUUUCUCAAUACCAACUGAUGGUGUUUAUAUCACAAGUAUUGUUGGAUCAAAUAAUGGACGUGUUUUUAUGGCUGGAAAAGAUGGCUGUCUGUAUGAACUGAUCUAUCAAGCAGAAGAUGGCUGGUUUAGUCGAAAAUGUCGAAAAGUGAAUCACUCCACCAGUUCUUUGUCUUUUCUUAUCCCAUCAUUUCUCAACUUUUCAUUUAGUGAAGAUGAUCCUAUUGUACAAAUCAGCAUUGACAACACAAGAGGCAUAUUGUACACACGUACUCAAAAAGGGACCAUACAGGUUUUUGAUCUCGGUGAAAAGUGUAAUAGUAUGAGUAGAGUUGUUUCUAUUUCACAAGCCACUAUAUUAAGCAUGGCUGCCAACAUUGCCAAAACUAUUGAGACCACAAGUUUCAAGUCUAUUGUGUACAUAUCAGCUGUGACAGAGAACGAGUCAGAAGCUAUUCAGCUGGUCGCUGUUACUGACUCAGGUGUUCGGCUGUAUUUUACCACCAUUCCUUUCAAACAAGUACAUCGACGGCCAAGCAUGCUGUCUUUGGUUCAUGUCAGGUUGCCUCCUGGAUUCUCUGCAACAUCUGCCCCACAGCGUCCAACUCUUGUUCACACAGCUUUUUAUAACAGUGGUACACUUCUCCUUGUGUCAGGCCAGAAUAAAGACAAUGAUCUUCUCUGGGCUAUCAGCCCAGACUGUUUUCCUUUCUCUAAACAAUUAAUGGAAGCUUAUGACACUGUCCCUAUUGAAGGUAAAACAUGGGCCAUUGAGGAGAUCACAAUGUCCUCAAACACAGGAAUUAGCCCAACCAAUGCUCCUGGCCCCAGGCCACGGCCAGAUCCACCUUGUGUUGUUACUCAACAUGCUGUGCCCCCUCGAAAAUUUGUCAUAGUUAGCGCUCAGGGGAUUCAUGUUUUCCAGAAACUGAGGCCUCUAGAGCAACUUCGUCGGCUGUUAAUAGAGUGUGGUGGGCCUGAUGCGGAGCAAGUGAAAGCAUUCUUUAGGCUUCACAGAAUUGAACAAGCCUGUGCAACAACUUUAGUUUUGGCCUGUUCACGGUCACCAGCUGAUCAACAAGUGUCUGACUGGGCCAGGAUGGCCUUCUUUAUGUAUGGUGGGGAGGCUCAGUACAACCUUGUAGGACUACGACCUGCACCACUUGGCAGUACUUCUUUUGCUGCUGGUGCUCCAAUGCAUAUGUCCAAUACAGUUCUGUUCAGUCCUGGAGGUGUGCCUAUGAUGCCAGGUUCUCCAAUGCCAAAUAUGGCUCCACUGCAUAUGUCUACCCCAUCUGGACCAGUCUCACAACUCUCCUUGACUGGAACACCAAGUCCAACACAGGAAGUCAUCUUCUCUGGAAAACACAAUGCCAUCUAUAUUUACUUGGCCAGAAUACUUCGUCCUUUCUGGGAAAUGCCAGCCUGUGUGCCAUUUAUUUCCACUCAGAAACAUGGUUCAGUUACUUAUUGGACCAGUAAUUUUUCCCUGGAUGACCUCAGUAUGGCUCUUGAGCUUGUUAGGGAUUUGUCUGAUUUUGUGGACUUCAAUGCAAAGUUUGAACAUGACUCACAGGUGGACAUCUUGACAGUGGGCAGGAGUUUAAGGUAUGAUGGUGGCCUGGAUGAACACACUAGGAAGAGAUUGCAGGCUGAUGUCCAAAGAAUGGAGAAAGUCUCACUGCAGCAUGUCCAGGAGUUGCUGCAUCGUUUGGAAGAAGUUCUUGGAUUGUGGAGAGUGUUAGUUGAGCAUCAGUUUCAUUUGCUGGUUCCCACUUUGUCAGACGAUAUGCAAAGUCAGCUUCGUAACAUUAGCUUCAAAACUUUGGUUAUUAAUGGUAAAGAUUUAUGUAAUACUUUAAUCAAUUGUCUGAUCAGCCGAUACCUUGAUGACAAUGCAACCAUAGAUGCUAUCAGUGAUAAGCUGCGACAAGUGUGUCCUACUCUGUACAGCUCUGAUGACGCCACUUGUUCAAAGGCAAAUGAACUUCUUCAAGCAGCCAAAGUGAAUCAAAACCAGCAGGAGAAAUAUCAGCAGUUACAGCAGGCCCUUCAUCUUCUUAAGAGUGUCAACCAGCCCCUCAACCUGGGUGCUAUAUGUCCACAACUGGCUGAGAUGCGCUACUACUUGGGCAUUGUGGAGAUUGGAUUGAAUGAGGCUCGCAAAACUGAUCCCCAGCAACUAGCCAUCCACUUUUACCAAAAUGGAGAACCUCCAGAAGAUAGUCUAGGCAUGCAGGCAUACUUAUCGAGAAUGGAGUGCUAUAAAUGUAUCACAGAUACUCUGAACUAUCUUUGGUCUGCAAGUAACAGUCUGCCACAAGCACCAGGUGUUCCCCUUCAGCCUGGGCCACCAGCUAGUGUAGAUUCUGCCAGGAUGGAUGCACAACAAGCAGAAACCUAUUGGGAACAGGUAUUCCAGAUAGCACUCAGGAGUGAUGACCCCUUGUUUCAUUCAGCAUUAUAUGAUUGGUUCUUUACAAAAAAUCAUGCAGAAAAAUUAUUAGAGAUAAGCACACCUUACUUAGAGCCCUAUUUACGUCGCAAGGUCAACUUACAGACCGACAACUCUGUAGCCUUAGACUUACUGUGGAAAUAUUAUGAGAAAACAGAAAAUUUUCAGGCAGCUACACGCAUUCUUGCCCAGCUGGCUGAACGACAUGGGUCAAACAUCAACCUGAACAAGAGACUGGACUACUUGUCUAGGGCAGUCAUAUCAGCAAAGAGCUCUACUUCAAGACUUGGAACCUCAGCAGCUGGAGAAUUUCUCCAUGAGCUAGAAGAGAAGAUGGAGGUUGCAAGGCUACAAAUGCAAGUUUAUAAAUGUUUGUGUAAUUUGGUUAACUCUGCUGAUGUUGAGGCUGCCAAAAAUAAAUUGGAUUCUGAACUGCUUGAUAUUACAUCACUGUAUGAAGAUUUUGCUGACAGAUUUGAUCUGUUUGAUGUAAAGCUGGCCAUUGUCCAUUGUGCUAGUUUGUAUGAUGCUGCACUCAUUGAAGACCUUUGGAAGAACAUUAUAGAAAAAGAACUGGAUAACACAGCUCGUAUGUCCAAUGGGGACAGGAUUAAAAAUGUCAGCAACAGACUUUGUGCACUAGCCCAACUGUACAUUAAUGCUGAAAGAUAUUUCCCUGUUGCAUUAAUUGUACGCUACUUGGAAAUAAAAUCAUGUGAACUAAAAUUUGAACCUAAGUGGGUGUUCUUGUUGAUGUUAGAAGUUGGAGUUCCUCCUGGCAAGUUGCUGGAACUGUACGACAGAAUGUACAAAUCAAAGGAUGCAGUUUGGCAACAACUUCAGAAACCUCUUCAUGUAUUAAUUGUUCUGCAAGCUUUGAUUGAACAUAUCGCCAGAAACCCACAGCUUAUCCCAGCUUCUGAUCGUAAACGUCUAAUCAUGACAUGUAUGGACAUGGUGUCUGGUUAUCUAGUAGAACUUCAAGCCACAAGCAGUACAGAUCCUGAUGUGCGAAAUCUUUCCAAUAGCUUCAAGGCCACUCAGAUGACACUAGACCGACUUUAAGUGCUGUAACCACACCAUUGCAUGAAACAUAUUUGAUAUAAUGUAACAUCCUUAACUUUUAUCUUCUGGAGUACUAACAAUGUAUCAUUUUAAAAUUUCUACUACCUAGCCAUUGUAAAAGUAACUAAAAACACAACUUAGGACUAUUGAACAUCAAGCUGCUAAUAAAUAAACUGCAGUAACAUCACAGUCUAUGUGCAAUAUAUUGAAUCAUUCAGUUUAUUAUUUUUUUGCAAGCUCUUCUGUUAAUUAAUUCAAAUGAAUGACUCAGAUGUCAGAUUCAAAGCCACUAGAGUAUCUAAAACUCUUUAUGCUCUAGUUGCAGAUUAAAACAUAAAAUUGUGUAACUGAGGGCAUUUUAUGAGUUCAUGCUUAGAAAUCAUCUGAUACUGAUAAACAAGAUUUAGAUUUACUUCUGAUUUUACUGCCUGUUUAGUAACGUCUGUUUUGUAGGAAGAAUUUCUGGCUCCUUAACAUCUUUGAAUAAUUUUAGCAAGUUCUCACAUGCAAAAACAUUUUUUUAUAGACUGGCCAUGUGUUAGUUAACAUUUUUUUUUUAGAAAAAUAAAAUGUUUGUGCUUGUUACAAAAAAUAAUGUCAUUGUUGUGUUCAAAGGCUGGUCAUACAUGCUUUAGUUUAGCAACAAAUUUACAAAAAAUGUUCAUACUUGUUACAAAUAAAUAUUACCUAUGUUGCUCUUAGCCAACUGUAUCAGUGAAUCUUAUAUAUAUAUUUUUUUACAAGUAUUUCGGGUUAAACCCAAGCUUCUGUUUUUAGCUCCAAGGGUUUAUUAUGCUGAGAGAUAAUGUGUGUUAGAACUGUUCAUGAUUGGUUGGACUGGGGAUAUUUCCAGUUUUUUUUAAAUUAUGUUUAUGUCAGUGGUGUCAUUUUUUUUUUUGAAAUAAAGUAAAAAAGAAAUUUU